GCGACUUUCCAACACAAGUAAAAUGGGGCGGAGAACUUGCAAUUAAUCGCACCGCUCGGAAACUUUUUACCUGAGGUUAUACACACAAAGUGCUGGCACGGGUCCAUUGAUUGCGCCGCCAGUUCAUCGUGCUUUGAAAUGCCAGGCCAUGAGCCUUGAUGAUCACGGCUUCGAUGCUUGGUGAUGCUUUGAUCCAAGAUGGAGAUAGGCUUCCUGCCUGGCAAGGCUACCUUAUCCUCUAUAUAAGGUCGUAUACCUCAGCCUUCAAGACGUCUGUCUACUGCCUGAGCAGUCUCCCCAUCGUAACAUAAACACUUCGAAAACACGCCUUCUAACAAAUAGCCUCAUAUCCAUCUUUAACCGUACAAAAUGGCACCCCUCAGAGUUGCAGUUGUUGGCGCUUCGGGCGAGACUGGUGGAUCCAUUGUGACCGCGUUGCUCGAGUCCCCGGAUCAGUUUGAAGUCAUCGCACUGGUGCGCCCGGCCUCCAUCUCAAAGCCCAAGAUCCAGGAGUUCCAGAAGCGCGGCAUGAAGGUUGUGGCCGCAGAUGUGGCCAACUCGUCUGAGGCUGAGCUCGCCAAAGCGCUCGAGGGCGUCGACACGGUUGUCGCGGCCGUUGAUGGCUUCAGUCUGCAGCAUCAAAUCCCUCUGGCCAAUGCCGCCAAAGCUGCCGGCGUAAAGCGCUUCAUUCCCAACUUCUUUGGACCUCCAUCGCCCCGGGGUAUCCAGUGGAUCCGGGACCAGAAACUCGCAAUCCUAGACUACAUCAACCAGCUCUACCUCGGCUACACCGUCGUCGAGGUUGGCUGGUGGCAGCAGCUCAUCGUUCCCAAGCUGGCCUCGGGCAGGGCCGACCACGCUCAGGUGCUCCCCCUUGAGGCAUCGCCGCACACCACCAUCUACGGCGACGGGAAUGUCAAGAUCGGCCUCACCCACCUGCGCGACAUUGGCCGCUAUGUGGCGCGCAUCAUUGCCGACCCGCGCACCCUGAACAAGAAGGUGUACGUGUACGGCGAGCUGGCGACGCAGAAUGAGGUUGUUGCGCUUAUGGAGAAGGUCUCGGGUGAGAAGAUCCAGAUGAAACAUAUGUCCAAAGAAGCCACCUUGUCAGCCAUCGCCGAGGCCAAAGCCAUGGGAACCGCGGGCGUCCUGGCGCGGGCCGCAAGCGAAUACCCCCUCUCCUGGGCCAUCCGCGGCGACAGCACCCCUGAGCACGCCGCCUACCUCGGCUUUCUGGACGGCAAGGAGCUGUAUCCGGACUUCAAGCCAACCACGCUUGAGGAAUUCUUUCGCGAGGUAUUGGGCCUGGGCUCUCGGGAGUACGAGAAGCCCUAUGGGGGAAACCUGGACGUCGAGGGGUUGGCGAAGCGGGCUGAGACGUAUGCUGAGCGGGCUUGAGAAGUUGAGGCUGGCUUGGUAGCUACGGUUAUGGUACCUAGGUACUUAGGUAGGUAGGUGGUUUGUUCGCUGUUAAUGAUUUCUGUACCUUACACCUUUGUAUCAACAUUGUUGAAC